AUGACUUGCGUUAACAUGGGACGAACAAGUCUUGCUCGAGCAAUGAGAUUAGUUCUUGGAAUCUUAAUCGGAUUGGAGUACUGCAUUUGUCACAGGUAAGUUCUAAACAACUCCUUUGUGUUGCUGCUUUGUUUGAGUGUAAAGGGAUUUUGUCGCUCAUCCGUUUACACUGUUUACAUCGUCGAAAACGGUAGCGUUGCUCCAUUCAUUUAAAAAUGUGCUUGAUGAAGGAGAACAGUGAGCGUUGUGGAGAAGCUACCUUUAUAGGCGAUUAGGGGUGUAAAUUUACACCAAUUUUGAGAAAGAGGGUAAAUAGAUUAAAAUAUGUCAAUAAAAUAGAACGUUCUCGGAACAAAUUAAAAAUGUUAUCAAAACAAUGAAUAAGGUUUUGCGAGUACAUAAGAUGCACAUCGCGCAAAUGGCCUUUCUGGAGAGGUUUUUUGGCAGUUGUAUUGGGACAUCUGUUGGGAUGCAAGGUAGAGACCGCUGCUUGCGAUUGCGGAGAGGUGGUCGUCUUGAGUCUUGAGACAUCGGUGACUGCAUGGGCUCCGCAAGCACGUGAAAAAGCUGAUGAAGAGCUAGUAAUAACUGUUAGUUUAUAUUGUUAGCCUCUUCUUUUCUCCAAGAGAUUUCUCUCCGGUUUUCGGGUACUCCGUUUUUACCCUCUCCUCAAAAACCGAAAUUUUCAAAUUCCAAUUCCAUCUGAAACGCACGAACAUUUCUAAAACGAGUUCUUAAGGCCGCGGGGACACCUAUCUAUGAAUAAAUUCAUAAGGCAAAAUUUUGCUUGUGCUACAUGUUUUAAAACGAUCGUUAAUCUCGGCUGUUUUGGAGGCAAUUUAGAUAAAAUUUUACAGAGACAUUGCAGAAUGAUGAAAGUUUAGGAGGGUUGUUUUUUAUCUGGCAGAUCGCACUUUACGGCAAUGCUUUGAGCCACGGUUGUACCAAAUUGAGAAAUCAUAAUUUAAAGAAUAAAGAAUAGAAGACAACACUCUAUAAUUUUAUAAAUAAAUUAUUGCUCUAUACAUGACACUCUCCAGUCUACCAAGUUUACCCCUCUGUAGUGCCAGCUCGUGAAGUAUUGUAUCUUCGCUGAAUUCUUGGACACAAAAUUGUCGGAAAAGUCAGAUUUUGAGACUCCCGAUGUCCUGACUAAGGGCCUGUUUACAUGGAGUGGGGGACCCCGGUCUAGUGGGGUUUGUUUCUUUUGGUUUCACGCUCUGGGGGACACAAAACAAAAGAAGCUUACCCCACUAGACCGGGGUCCCCCACUCCAUGUAAACAGGGUCUAAAGCACGAGUUUCAAGAAAGAUAUGUGAUUAUGGUAAUUAUGCUUAACUGCGUACAUUCCAUGCUUUAUAUUGUUUAUUUAAGCUACAAUGUUUUCAAGUUCAUUCUCUCUUUUCAAGGACUUUUCAGGCAGAAAAAUGAAAAAAAAACUACGAAGAGUUGGGUACUAGAUUUUGUUGAAAUUUCUAAAGACUUCCUUAUUUUUACUGAUUUAAAAAUCAGUGAAACAAGGUUUAUCCUCUCUUGGUAACAAUAAUUGAUAUUAAAAGUGCGGGUAAUACAGCCAGAACCUCCUUAAUACCGACACCAAAGGCCGAACAAAACCAAGUGUCCACCACAAUACGGAUAGCCUGCCAGGCGUUCAGAUUGUGGAGACUGGUUGUCAGUAAAACGGGAGGUCGGGCUCGGGGUCGGGGUCGGGGCCUGGGUCGGGAUCUAUCUUUCUGUUAAAAUACAACAGGAGCCUAUCAAAUGGAGCCUCCAUCUCCCAUACAAGCCCUUGGAGUCAACCCUUUCCCGAGUAGAUUUAUUAUUAGAACGGUUCCCAGGGGAGACUUCGCGCGCCGACGGUGGGAAGAGCCAAUCACAACGACUAAAUGACACUGCUAUUGUACUUCAUGAAACAUCAGGAAAUCCGGUGCUGACAGGCCAAACAAAAUCAUAAGCUAGUGAAACGUGACUUUAGCGUUUUCAUCCCUCAGAGAUUUUCUUUCUUUUCUUUCUAGCGGGUAGAUUAUACUGUGGAGAGUUUUAAACUCUGACUAUGUUAAUCUUAAUUUUGGUUGCUUGUCUCACAUUGAGCUUGUCUGUUACAUGCGCAAGGAUUAACUUCUACCUGCAGUCUGUAGUUCUGACAGGAUUCGUUUUCUUUAGCCAUUUUUUUUGAGCGUUAAGGUUCUUAUUUCGGCUAAAUGACUCAGUAUUAAUCAAAUUUCUAGUUUUUCAAUUUUUUAGCCGAAAUGCGGUUGUCUGAAUAAAUACUGUGGUUGUUUUGUCUGUCAGUUAGUGUGAUGAUUCCCUGCUAUGUUUUGUAACGCCGAGCCCAGCCAUUGUUUUCUCGCAAAAAAGUGAUCUACAGAUGCGAAUUCGAAGGAAAGAACUGGCCUAAACUUCUACAUUAAUUGCUGAGAAUUCUCUUGUUGGUCAGUCAUAAUUAUUUGGGCGCAGAUACAAUCCAUUUUGUUUUUCUUGAGAUAAGAGGGUCUUUGGACUGGAGCACGAUGUCACAAAUUCCACCGUUAGCAAAUUACUUUUGAGUUAGCUUCACAGUCGAGCAACUGUUGUCUUCUGUUCAACUUUUCUGCCAGUUUUAUCAGGUCUUCAUGGGAUACAAGUCAGUUGUAAAGGAAGACUGCAAUUUUUCUGAAGCAUUCCUCCUUAGUGGCUACUUAGGUCAUUUUUUGCACACGGUGCUUAACCGAAAUCCACUCCACGGCGAUGACAAAAAUAAAGAUCCUCACUUUUUCGGCGAAAACUUUCAAGUCGUCUACAGAACGCUUAAUCGUCGACUCUUUUCAAGGUGCAUGCUUAAAUGUGGGAUGUUGACGGCAAAAAAAAACAACAAAAACAAACACUCGCAAAGAACCUUUCCGUGAUCCUCAGUUCGCUGCCUUUGUCCCAUCGCUUCAUGCUCAGUCUCAGUCGGGUAUUUCAUUAACUUUUAUUUCAUCCCAGAUCCCAGCGGCUGUAAAACUGUAAAAAUGGACGUAUAGUAAAAAAGGAAAACGGUCGAAGGACGGGCUUCUGAGUUCGACUUCAUCCAACUUUAUUUUUUUCACGGUGACAUACGAGACUCACGGAAAUAUGACACUUUUCGCGGGAAACAAGCCGUUCUAUUUAUAAAUCUACUCGGGAAAGGGUUGACUCAAGAAAUUAAUGGAGAUGGAGGCUCCAUUUGAUAGGCUCCUGAAUACAAACAUUAACCACAAAGGACUGCAAAGGACAGCAAACGAAUUUGCCGAAGAACGUAGGAUCUAUAAAGAAUUCUGUUUUAGGGUUAGGGUUAGGGUUGACACUAACCCUAACCCCAACCCUAAAACAGCAUUCUUUUAAAAAAUAUACACCCCGACCCUGACCCCGACCCUGCGUUUUACUGGCAACCGUGGGGACUGACUUUGCGCCACACAGCCACUAUCGAACUGACCGCAGGGAACAGGCUACACUGUGUAUUAAAGUGCUAGGAGUCUUACGCGUUUCAUUUAACGCUUUGUUUGUUCGGCUCCUUUUUAAUUCUAUUAGUGUUCGCCUUUAGUGCAGUUUGGAGUUCAUUAAUCGUUUAUGGUUUAUGCUCUUUGCGUUAUACAGGUAUCAAUGUUAAGACCGCGAGACGGGUACGGGCUUAACCCCAAACUGCGAUUUUUUUAAGCCCAGAGAGGGAUGUUUUAUCACAUUUGAACUAUUUUCCCAUCCCCGGGGAAGCGAAUUUGACCAAAAAGUUAUAGAAAAAUUCAAGUGCCGCACCUAUGCCAGUACCGCCCCUGCCCCGCCCUCGCCCCCUCCGUCCAAACAUUGAUAACUGCAGGUGUUUUUUGCAUAUCGUGUUUAAAGCUCUGUUUGCAAUUUUGGCGUCAGUUCUUCAUUGUCUUUCGUUUUGUCCAGUUUACAGUUUCGUCUUUAUUUCGCUAUCAUCUUUCCCGCAUCGCCUUGAUUCUAUUCACCCGGAUUGUUAAAAAUUCUAGGGUAAAGGGUGCUUACCAUUCCCACAAACCACCCGGGUGGAAAUGUUAUGCAAAAAAACAAAACUAUAAAAUUUGACGUGGUGGGAUAACGACCUGCCACAAUGCAUAUCGAGGGGUCAAUUUAAUAAACUUUUACAAGUGUAGUUUCCAAGUGUAGUCAUUGUUUUAGACUCUGAAAACAAUAGCUACACUUGAAAAUUACACCGGUAAAAGUUGUAUUAAAUUGACCCCAGGUUAGGUAAACGGACUACGACAGGAUUAACCGUAUUACAGAGUUUAAAGAUUGUACUCGAGAAGUUUGGAUCUUGGGACUGUCCGUUAUAGAAAGAUGUCCUUAACUCGUUAAGGAUCAAGGAGCCAGUUGACUGUAGGUAACAUAUUGGGUGUGUUUUCCAUGAAUUAUGAAUUCAACUCCAUGGAAAAUUACCUACAUUUGAGUCGGAAUAAUCAUGGCAAAGAUGAAAAAACGGAAAUAAAUUUCAAUGGUGACGUUUUAGCUGCCGUCACCGUCAUUGUUUGUAUAUUAGUAGCAACUAAGACUCCAAAAAAGCGAUCACCAUGGCGAUGGGUUUGUUGAGCAAAACAACAACUUUGCCCGUGCAUCGCAUUGUUUUUGGACAUUUCUUUUUCGUCCCCAUAGGACUACGUCGUGAAAAUGCCUGAAUUCACGCUUUCAUGAGGGAUGUAAACAACCGACGGAGAAUUUUUCCUUCUCUUUCUGUAGGGCCUGUUUACAUGGAGUGGGGGACCCUGGUCUAGUGGGGUAGGUUUCUUUUGUUUUGUGUCCGCCAGAGCGUGAAAACAAAAGAAACCUACCCCACUAGACCGGGGUCCCCCAUUCCAUGUAAACAGGGUCUAAAUUUAAGUGCGGUCCUCAAGAAAUCAACUCUAGAGAAAUUCGCCUACAUUAAUUUUUCAGCUAACUGGAAUAAACGCGACAAUGUUUGAAAAAACGCAAAUUCAUUUUAAAAGGAACAUUUUCGUUGCCGUCGCCGUCGUCGAUGAUAAAGCUCCCAUGUAGAUCAAGCAACAAAUUAUGUUGUACUUUCAGGUGACUUUCUCAAACUCAUUAACAAUUCAUAAAGAAAAUACAAAGGAAAUUGAUGUUUAAUGAGUGUUUGGAAAUCAGAUGAAAAAAUGCUCAUUUUUGUCUCCUUAAUUUCUACUUUACUAUGUUUGAGAAGUAAUAUCAAGCAUUCGACAAAAAUUAUCUGCGCGUCGCAUUUUCAACUCUCUUCUCAGUGUUUCAUGCUUGACACAUUACUUCAAUCAAUUAUCAUUAUGAAUACUUAUAUGCAAAUAAAUUAAUCUUUAGGCCUGUUUACAUGGAAGUGGGGGACCCCAGGUAAGUGAGGUGACCCGCUUAGGUGGGGUAACCCACCUGUCCAUAUAAUCUCUGAUUUGAAUGUGAUCACGUUUACAUGUUAGGUGAGGUAACCCGCCACAUGUUACCUCACCUACCUGGGGUCCCCGGCCUUCUUGUAAACAGGCCUUUAACAUUUUUGUUGUUAUUCUACAUUUCAGCAGAACAGAUUUUUUACCGGAUCAGAGGUUAAGCGAGGGACUGCAAGAUCUCCUUCGUGGAUAUGAUCCUCGAAUUAGGCCAAACUACUCAGGUAUAACGUAAUACAUAUACACUUGACUACGAGAUCCACGUUGGUUUUGUUCAUUUCUUACAUUUAUUUUCUUUUUUUUUCCUUGUGAGAAGUUUAUAAAGCUAAAUAAACGAAUAAAUAUAUUAAGAACAACUUAGUGAAUGCCACAUCAACAACAAAAAACGCGAUGUUUUGCCUCACAUAUAAUUAAAAGUAAAUGAAAAAAAAGUGUUUUAUCCAUCCGGAGGUAAUUUUUAUCAAGAUUCGAUGUUUGGCUAUUUAACUCUCUAGUUCGGAAAGACUAAGAGCGUAGUAAUAUACUAUUUUUUCCCUCUUUUCUUUUCUUUGUAAAGGAAAUCCAGUUGAAAUUCUAGUUGGUAUUUCGGUCGCAUCGUUUUCCAACAUCAACGAAGUGGAUAUGGUAAUACAUUCUCGCUUUCUUUUCUUGUGGUUAUCGUCAUUGUUCUGUUAAUAUUAACUAAACUAAAUUAGACGGUCAAUCGCCUUCUACUUUCUCCUGAUUUCACGCAUUUUUAUUUUCCGUGGCGGACCUCGUGUUAAAUACCCCUCCCCCCCUCUCGCUCACUUUUGUCCAGAUCCUUUUAGUUUGCAUUGUACCAAUAGAGCCAUAGCACUAGUAAAAUUGCCAAGAUUCUCAGAGUGAUUUAUGGAGGCUGAAGAUAUUGCUCUGCUAAGUCGCAAAAUUUUCCAGCAGACGUUUGAGAGGUGAGGGCAAAAAUUUGCCCCCCAUCAUAAAAACGCGCCCGUGUAUAAUGAUUUCGCGAAUGAUCCUUUGGACGCAUUACUUUUAAAAUUGGCAAAUUUUCUAAUUUCUUGCCGUUCUUUCCAGCAGUCUCGACAGAUUUCCACUAACUGGUCCUUGUCAAAACUUUAAAAAAAAACUGAGGAAGGGCCAAUUCUCUUCGCCCUGUCUCCCACUAUAUAAAUUGUUUUAUUCUUGCUGGUUGAGAAUUGUAUAAUUUAUCCCAGUUACCCUGACUGAUUGAAGUUACAAUUUCCCCUAUUACCUGUAUAAGUUUCAUUUUUAAUCGAAAUGAAUUUCAAAUUCGACCAUCCAAACUGAUCAAAAUUAACAAAGUUCGAUUGCUUUGGAUUGCGGAAAUUCAUUUACUGUGAGAGUCGAAUGAGUGGUGUUUGAUAACGUUUGAGCGAUCAAACGUUCGAUUUAGCUCGAGUAAUAAUUACUCUAGGUCAUAGAUGAAUAUAGUCUGCGUCUUAAUCUCACCCUGUUUAACGGACUUAACUAGCGUUCAGUUCCGUGUGUUACGCAGGUUAUUAAGUUGACUGAUGCUACAAGCUGGGUGAUAUUAUAACUCAACCCUGUUAUUUUUAAAUCAUUUUUUAGGAAUUCGGAUUGGACAUUUUUUUUCGGCAGCACUGGAAAGACCACAGGCUUUCUCACAACUUGACUUCCAAGAUAACUCUUACUAUGGGAACUAAACACCCCGCGGAUUAUAUCUGGGUGCCGGACACCGUGUUUGUAGACGCCACCAAGUCAUACAUGCAUAAUGUACUGACAACCAAUCACAAGAUCGAUAUCUCAGCAGACGGACAGGUGGUUUGGGGAACAAGGUUGGUGUGUCUGAUGGGCUCGCUUUAUCCACAGGUCGCCCAAGCUCACUAUGAGAGCCCUUGAGAAACACUACCCUGCUUAGCUAAUUAAUAAUUCAUACCGUAACAAUUUGAGUUUGUACGAGAAAUAUUCUUCGUCUAUUAAAUUUGCUAUUAGACUUACUUUUAGCAUUUUCCUAUGAUAUUUGUGUGCCUCAGGCCUCUUAAGCACGUUUUUAAAAAUGUCUUCUCUUCGCUCAUCUGGGUGAAAAACAGAUGCUCAAAAAAGACAUUUAAACUGUCAGUGUCUAAGAGGCCAAAUUCAAAGCAACUUAGCUUUUCCAAUAAGGUUUUUACAUUUUGAUUGUACUCGUCAUGCUGUGUCAAAUUAAUUAUUUCAGUUACAUAUCUAGUUGAAAUUUGAAUUUUACUGUCAAUCUUUGAACGUUAUUUUUCCCACAAAAACUGUUAAAAUCGCCGACAAAAAAAAUAGUCAUGCAGGUUGUUCUGCCCACUCUAGUCGGAUAAAAAAGGAAAAAAACAAGAAAAACCUACUUUCUAAAAAGCUCUUUCAUGCGUUCUGCUGGCCCAAGCUUGUCGUUUUUUCUACGUGCUUUUUUGUUCACACUGUAUAGCUUUUGCACCGCCAAGAAAUCAUACCGGAUAGGGUUUGUUCACACACAAGAACGGUUGUGGCGGCGCGAUUUCUGUGACAGAGCGAAGCUGCGCCGCACCGAUCUCGAAAGCGGAGGGUCACAUAACGAAUAGGUUUUGUUCCAUACUUUGGUGCAGUGUGCUCACUUAUUCGGUCCGUCGCCCCGGGGCCUUUCCUGUUCAUACUAUAUAUCAGAUAGCUUUUUCAGGCGCCAAGAAAGGCUUUCCAUAGUGUGAACAUCAUUUUGAGGGAAGGUCGAUAUUAGGGGUUGACUGUGGAGGCCGACAAUGAGAAGAGCGGCCGCUGACCAAGAGGUUAAGCCAUAAUUACGCCUACUAAAUCAGUAUCUAAUUUAAAUCACAGAGCAACUCUUCGAGCGAGAUGUCACAUGAAUUUACGUACUUUCCCCAUGGAUGAGCAAAAUUGUACAAUCAACAUUAUUAGCUGUAAGUAAUUCUGAAACAAAGAGAAAUUAAGCUUUUAAGUAAUUUUUACAUAUAUAUAUAACACCAAGGGGUUGCUUUGUUUCUCGCAUUGAGGUGUGGCCGAGGUCUUUGAAAGUAGCUUUGACCCAAGGCCUACCACCCCUUCCCCCCGCCUUGGGAGCUUAAGCUUAUCCAACCUCGUUCAAAAAAAGUCGUCAAAUUUUGUCAAAUUUUUCUACUGAUGAAUUGUAAAGCACUACAUCAAAGUUCAGAAAAAGAAAAAGAAAGUCGUUGUCUUGUUUUCACGCCCUCAACAAAACCGUAGUCAUGCAGUGACGGCAAAGAAAUGCAUAAAAAAAGUGCAAUGCACGUGCAAAGUUUUGCCUAUUGCUUUUUUAAAGUUUUUAAGUUUUUUUCCCCACUUUUGGUGUGGAGGCAGUAUAGAUAUGAACAAUGGCCGUUUUCACAUUACAGACGGAUAAUCCACGUUCAAAAUCUGUCAAAAUUGACGGAAAAACAGAUGGAUAAAGUCAGGCGGAUUGUCCAUCUAAAAUUAAGACCGUUCCAUUUUCAAAUUAAGACGUAUUAUCUGUCUGACAACCCGUCUCAGACGGAUAAUCCCUCUCUAGUGUGAAUACCUUUAAUAGGUGCGGUUACACUAGAUCUUUUCCUCAAAGCUCCCUUUUGGAUUGGGCUGGCUGUGGGUUUUGAUCACUUUCAUGUCUGCGGUUACACAUCGAUAACUUGCCCAAGACGGAAGAAAACACUUCGCUGUAAACGUCUUUGUAAACACUGAAGGUUGACAUAAAUCAUUUUUACCCUUUAAUAAAACCUCCACAUCAAUGAAGCGUAGCAAGAGCAGCCCUUAAUCAUAACUAUAACAAAACUCUCAAAUCUGAUUGGUUAUCAACUGGCCUGAUUUCAGUUUAAUAGGACAAUUUAGUACUGUACGUGUCAUGUCGCUCGCGCUUAAAUGGCUUUUUUUACUGCUUGCAAAAAAAAAUCUUGGAAUUUCUUGUGUUUUGAUUUAAAAUAAAAGAACCUUAUACAUCGCAAAUUUUGUUAAAGUUAUGAUUAAUUGGUAACAGAACUUAGUGUCGUCCAAUUCGGUCUGUAAUCAUACUCGUGAUUAAACAAAUCUGACUCCUGCCUUAAUGGAACCAAGAAGAGUUCAACUGUAUCAUGUUAGGCCUUGGCCAAACGUCGAACUUUUCGUGAGACAAACUAAACUUAGUGGUGUUUAAGUUCAUGAAAAGUUCGACGUCUGGCUCAGUUAAGUUCGUCUGAAUAAGUUUGGAUCGUCCAACUCGUUCUAUCCGUCUGCUUCAGACGGAUAGAACGUCUGAAGAUCGUCUCUGGGACAAACGUCGAUCUUCACAUGCGACGAACUAAACUAAUAUAUACACAAAUUGUAUGAUGGCGUAUAUUUAGCCCCGCGCGUUCGGGAGAAAAUCGACGCUUCCUAGAGUUCGACUUCCAACCCAACGGACGAACUUAACUUAAUUUAGGAUGAAACGUUCGAAGUUUGGCCCAGGCCUUAUUAUAGCGGAACUGGCGCUUAUUUGCAAUGAAGUUGAGGGAAAUUAUUGAAAACGUAUAACCAAUGUAAUGCCGCUUUGCCGCAUGCGCAGUGCCAGCCUUGCAUUCAGUUUUGUUUCAUUUUACACAUAAGUGACGUCUGGCUACAGCAUCUCUUUAAUUAGAGACCCUUCAAGGGGAACCAGUCAGCGACGGGGCUAAAGUGCAGGUCACAGGUCACAGGUCAGGUCACAGGUUACAGGCCACAGGGCACAGGUCAGGCCACAGGUCACAGGCCACAGGUCAGGUCACAGGUCACACAUUAAAACAAUAGGACACUGGACAAAACUGUUCUGGACUGAAGUUUUACUAUACAAAAAUAGAAUAAGCCAAGGAACCUUGAUGAUAUUUUUGUCCUUUAAACAAUAUUAAAUUCCACACAUGGAAUAAUAUUUUCAUGCUGAUCAUACGGCAUAUCCAAACUUGGUAACGAAAUCACAAAGGUGUGCAAAAUCAUGUGAUUUCUACGAAAAACAAAUCACUUGUUUUGCACUGAAAGCGAAGUGUUGUCGUGUUAUUAGAAUGUCAUAUCCAAAGAAACAUACAUCAGCAGUUUACAGAGUCAAAGAUUCAAGUUGUAAUGGCGGAAUGCUCCCACCUGAGGGCCACGAGGCAAACUCAACAUAGUUAUUUCAAGCUGUUGUGCAACAGAGCGUGAGAAAAUGGCAAGCUCUUGGGAGAAGAGCCUAAAAAUAAGGUCCAGCAACUAUUCGAGAGGCCCAAAUAGCAGUGUCUGAAGUUCUUGGCCGACUACACUUUAACACAGAGUCAUUUUGUGGCUGGUACGAAGCGCGAGCAACAGGCCGCCAUCUUCAAAUCAGAUGGAAGACCCAUCUAGUGGCAAGAAGAGUUUAGGACAAGGAAAGUCUGAUGAAAGUUUCCGUAUUUCAGUGGUCAAAUAAGUUUUAGAUUGUCCUUAAGUUUUUUUUCCUUUUUUCCGUCGAAAGCUUUUCAAAACAUCCACAAACAUGUCAUAAUAUUCUUAACGCAACAACCCUCUGUUUUGAGAUUCGUUUUUUCUUACAAAUCACGUGAUUUUGCGUACCUCUGUGAUUUCUGUGAAAGGUUUGAGCCCAGGAGGCUUGUUGUUGACAGUGACUGACGUUUCGACAACCUGUGCGGUAGUCAUCUUCAGAGUCGCACAGGUUGUCGAAACGUCUUUCACUGUCAACAACAACAUUCCUAUUCAGGACUACGUUCACCCGGACGAUCAAACUAAACCUACUUUUCUUUGUGAUUUCUUUACCAACUUUGGUUACGCUGUGAUCAACAUUUGUCAUGUGUGGAAUUUGGUAAAGUUCAGAACAGAAAAAAAUAUAAGUGAGGUUCCUUGGCUUGUUUUAUUUUUGUAUAAUAAAAUGUCAAUCAAGAACAGUUUUGUCCAGUGUCCUAUUGUUUGUGACCUGUGACCUGGCCUGUAAUCUGACCUGUGACUUGACCUGUGGCCUCUUAUCUGACCUGGGGACCGUGACCUGUAACCUUACCUGUGACCUGACCUGCGACCUAUGACCUGCAUUUUAGCCCCGUCGUCGUUGGUUUAUUUGUCAGUAAAAUUAAAAAGUCACGAUGUUCUUCGUAGAUGCGUACCCAACUCAACACCUGGUUUUCAACUGGAAGUCACCUUCACUCGUAGUACUAGACAAAGAAAUGGCGCAGUUUUACAUGAACGAAGUGACCACUGCUGUCGGAAGAACACAGUAUGUCGCAGGUAAGUAGAUCAGUGUAAGGCUGUACCUAAAAAUUUGAAUCAAUAAAAGUUUCCGUAAGAUUGGUAUUCGGUACCAUUUUUUUUUUACGAUUUUAAUUCCGAAGUAUUCUUAGUAUUACUCUGUAAGCUAAUAAAAUAACGUUAUACUUUCAGUAGUACUCUUAUGUUAAAAGGUUUCUUCACCAGCAGUUCGAAAUACUUAUCAUCUGAUCGUUACUAACGACAGCACGCUCUUUUUCUCCUUUCCCACCUUCAGUGUUCUGUUGCGUUUUAACGGUACUUUUUAAGCUCAUAUACGGCAAAAAAGAAGUCGAAACAAGGAAUUGAGGUCAAACCUGGGAAUCGAAGUGUUAGGCAUCUGUCAGCACACUAGCCAACUAUGCCAAUCCCAGCUAGGCCUGUCGACCCGAUUGUGCUCAUAAAAUGCUGGAAAGUUAAUUGCUGAAAUGUCAAAAACUUGCUAAAAAAUUGACAAAGAUCCAAACCGUUGGUACCUAAAUUUAAAAGUUGCCUCCUUAAUUUAUCGAUAUUUUUAAAUAUGUACGUUAAUUAAGAGCUUUAUUCUCCUCUCUUCCCAAUAAUUGUUAACAGUGAUCAAUGACAAUAUCUUGAAACUUACCUAUAAGAGUUGUUCGAAAAUAUGGGCGUAACCACGGAUAGCCCAAGCUCGAUAUGAGAGCCCUUUUUUUCCUUUUUUUCUACAAUUGAUCGAAAUGUGCAUUAAUAUUUUUUCUUUAAAGCGUUACCUUUACGUUGAUACUGACACCUAAGAAAUUCGCAUAACUUGAAGAUUUCUAUGAAAUCGUUGAUUUUUUUCUUAUUUCUCUUGACCUGCUAUAUUUUGCUUAAAAAUUGCUCAGGAAGGUAAAAGUAGCACCAGGUUUCCAGAACCGCAAAAAAUUCCUCCCAAUGCCAAAGGUGCUCAAAAGUUGCCGAGCACAAUCGGGAAAGUCCUAAUCCCAGCUUCUUAAUAAUGAUAAUUAUCAUCAUCAUCAUCAUCAUCAUCGUUAUCAUUUAUUUAAUAGUAUUGUGGGUCUCUUUGAUGAUUUUGUUAUUUUCUGUUUCUUUUUCAGGAGAGUAUUCACUCCUGCAAGCGGCAUUCUCAUUCAAACGAAGAAUGGGUUUUUACCUGAUUCAAAUCUACAUACCUUGUAUAGCGGUGGUUCUUGUAGCUUGGAUGUCGCUGUUCAUUGAUAGUCGCGCGACACCCGCGCGUGUGAGCCUGUGCAUUACGACACUUCUCACCAUAUCAACUAUCUGGGGCGCCGUCAAUUCCUCCAUGCCAAGAGUUUCCUACGUGAAAGCCAUUGAUGUUUAUCUGAUGACAUCUUUCUUCUUUGUUCUCUGCACCAUGCUAGAAUAUAUUGGCCUUAUACACCAAGAAAGAGCGAAGGUAUUACUAAGCAAUCUUACGAAGGAGUGUACUUGACUCUGCGACCGUACGAGCAACAACUGAAAUUCACAUCAUGCGCAAUCUCUUGUUCUCAAGGUUUUUUUUUUUUUCUCAUUAAAUAAGAAGACAGCAUUUAAAUGAAAAAAUCGACUUGAGUUUUCCAGAUCUUUCAAACGGACAAGCGUCCUUCUUCAGGGUAGACAGGGAAAGCCUUUUUAAUUUAAAUAGUGGAAAUUUGAUACUUUUUUUUGCCCACCCCAGUUUCUAAAGGAAAAUACCUGAAAACGAGUGAGUAACAAAACUUUGUGGCCACUUGUCUACGGCUGUGCGUCUUAUGAUGUAUGAGCUAGGAACAGGAUUGCCGUAGGUUACCUCGCACAGUCAUAUCACCCGUGGACAAGUUCUUAUAAGCGGACACAAAAAUGACCAAAAAUUAAACAGAAGCAGCGAGGGAAAAUAAAAAAUUCUUUAAAGAAACAAUUGCAAGGAAUGUAAGUCGCAAAUCAAGCAAAUAUAGCAAGCGCAACUAACAAGGUAUUCUCUGCAACUGCCAAACUGAGAUGAUUAUCAAAAAAAAUGAAAACUCUUUAUUUACGAAAUAUGUCCUUUGCCUCUCAUCUUGCAUAAGAUCUUAAGAGGUGAACGACGCUGAGUUUUAAUUAUGGCCUUUCUAUAUUUUUAGUGCUCUGAGGCGGUAAAGCGCGCCUUUUCCCUCAGGUGAAAGAAAAUGAUGAAAAAAGUGCUAAAAUUGCCAUUAUUCAUGUAGCCUGCCCACAGAAGUUUUUCUUUGUCUUUUUUUUUGUUGUUGUUGUUGGUUGGUUGUUUGUUUACUUUUCUUUUCUUCUUCUUUUUUUUUUUUUUUUUUUUUUUGACGAUUUGACAGCGUGCGAGAGAGAUGAGCGCAGUGCACGAGAAUGAGUGCGACGCGCGAGAAAAAAACACCCAACCCCUUGCGCUUGCGUUCACCCCGGGGUUGUUAUUUUCAUACGCGCGCUUAACGAUGUGUAAAAUAGAGGGUAAUAAACAAGCUAAUAUUCAUGCUAUAUUUGCGACUUUUUUAACAAGCUUUUUUCCGUUGCCGUUGCAGGCAACAUCUUCUUCGUUACUUUGGCUGUAUUUCCUAAGCUGACGCUUCAACGGGGCGCGGCUUCUUUUCUCACUUUGCCUUCCUUUUUCUUUCCUGAAUUUUCUACUCUAGUUCAAGCUAUUCCUGUUUUCUUCACGUUAAAUGCAGAUGAUGCAGAUCAUGAUCGAUAUCCUUGUUAAAUUCCUCUUAUCUAAAACUUUGUUAUUCUUGCUUUAUACUAGACACCAUAAUAUAUGACUUUGCAGAUUAUAUCCUUCCUUUCACUUUUUUUUUAAACUAUUUUCGCUAAAUUAGCGGCAUGUAGAGAAUCUUUUUGCCUUUCAUUUUUUAAACCAGGUUUGCCAGUUAUUCUUACUAAAUCUGCAUUGUUUGUUCACAAUAUAUUUCAGUAAUUUGACUUCCAGAUAAAAAGGCUUGUCACUUUUUCUAGAUUUGUUGGAUGAUAGAUUUGAAGCAUGUCGAGAGCCUUCUCUGUCUUUCAUUUUCUUUGGAAACUUCCUGGGUUUUUUCAGUUAUUUUUGCUAUUUUGGGGAUUUCGGCAACAUCUAUUUGCAGUUGCCGAUAAAAUUUACUUUCGCAGCAUUUGCUUUCUUUUCAUGCUGUGUUUUUUAUUUAUCAGAUUGCUAUAUUUUUGGUAAUAUGACUUUACAACGAGAAUCCUUGUCAUAACUUUUAUUUUUCUGUUUCUUCUAUUCGUUUUCUUAUAUUUUUGCUACUAACUUCUUCUCUUCUAAAAUUCCUGCAAGGUUUUUAUUUUUAGUCACUUUUUGGUGAAAUUGCUAUCAACAUGGCUUAAGCAAAUGUUUGCUAGGGCUUUCAAUCCUGGCCUCACAAGAAUGUGAGAAAGGGUUGUUGGUAUUACGAGUAAAACUGAUUUGUCUGCAUUUUCGUGUUUGUUAUUUUAUUAAUAGAAAGGCUUAUUGAGGAUCAAAGCACCAUUCUUCAGGAAAGUCGACCUCCAUCGAGAAUCAUGCGACUUGACGAGUGAGUCCAGUCUCCACCAAGGAGAGUUGUGUUCUGUUGAAGAAGGGAAGAGGUCGCAAAUCGAAUUGAAUGACGUAAAAAAGAACGAAGCAUCUUCGGGGCAAGAGAAUGAUGAGAUCGAUUCGAGAGGUGUUGACUUUGCGGCAAGGAUAGCAUUUAUGGUUGUCUUCGCAUUGUUCAAUUUCUUUUAUUGGUUUGUUCUAAUUUACUUCAAGUAA